CGUUAGCACACGUCGCGCUUCGCUAUCGCUAGGAAUCACGGACAAAUCAAACAUGGCGAUUCAGUCGCUAUUUGCAGUGACGGUGUACGAUUCAUAAAACGAGAGUGGGAGGUAUCGGUGGGUCAGGUAGUGCUUUUAAACGGUAAUGAGUGCAAGUACCACUGCAAAUCGCCGAAUUCUGGUUAAUAUUACAAAUAUGGAGAAUCAUGAUGUCAAAACUGUAAUGGAGAAAGUGUCGGGCGGCAUUGAUAAAGUACAUGACGUGAAGGGCGUACAAGCAGAGCCGACGCCUGCGGCGUCAUCGUUGCCUGUUACGGAACAAGUGUCGCUCUCUACUGGAGAAAAUGCCAACAGAAAUGACUAUAUCAAUAAGAAAACCUGUCAUAAGUUAUUAAUAAAAAAUUCUGGAAAAUUUGAAAGUGGUAGUGGUAGUGGAGAUCAGGAGGGAGGUCAAUAUGAAGAUGGAAUUGAUAUUGCAACGAAAAAAAGAAAGACUCGUAGAGGUAAACCUAAGCAUAGAAAAUUAAAACCAUAUUCUAAACAACAGUUGUCAUAUCAACAACAGCUGCGAUAUAGAUCUAGAGGUCGAUUGGCAAAAACUGGUAGACAACCUCCAGCACCAUAUAAUACCACACAGUUUCUUAUGGAUGAUCACAGUGAUCUUCCAGAUCUUGACCAAAAGCUUUCAGAAGCUGCAUCUUCAGAAUUACCUGCUACAUUUCAAAAACCAUCAGCCCCUUCUCGUACACGAGAUUCUAGUUUCAGUGUUGACUCUGAUGAAGAUUAUUUUUAUUCGUCUCCAGAAGACGAAGAAGAAUUUUUAACAAAGGAAUUCUCAACUGCGUAUGAAGACCUUCAUGCUGAAAGAUUAAGCACAUUAAGUAAAUCAGAACUGAUACAGGAAUAUCUUCAGUUAGAAGCAAAAGUAGAUUUAUUGACAAAACGGUUACGUGGUAAAAAUUUCCACCAAACAGAACAACGAGACUUGGAAAGCAACAGUAGUAGUACAGAUUCAGAAUCAGCAAAAAAAUUAAAAAUCUGUCAGCAACGAAUUGAUGAUUUAAUGCAACAGAAUGAACAGUUAAAACGGGAAAAUGAAUCAUUGAGAGCUAAGAGGCACAGCAGUCCAGUUUCAAGUGUUGAUAGCGAAAGCGACAGUGAUAGUACAAGUAAUGGGAAUAGGAGCAGAUGUAGUUGUCUCCUUCCAAAUUCUAGCUCUUCUUCGGAACUUAUGGGAUAUGUUUCUAGAAGUAAAAGUAGUCAAAGAAAAGAUAGUUCUGUGUCUAGUACUGAUAGUAAAAGUGAUACUUGUGAUAGUAGCUCAAGUGACAAUUCUAAGGCAUCUAUGACUCCAGUUAAUCUUUCAAAUGGCCAUGUAAACGUUCAAAAAAUUGAUGGUCUCCCUACAUAAAUUAUAAAGAGCUGUUUUUAUGUACGAAAGUCUAUUCAAUGUUUUAAGAGUUAACGUACAAGUCAUAUUAAACAUGUCAUUGGAUCUGCA